UCCAAAAAGUUUCAUUUCUUCCACAUUCCGACAAAUCGAUUGCCCUGGUGAGCACCAUUAUCAUCAGGAUCAAAAGAAUCAAUUCAUCUUACCAUUAUCGUCUUCGAUUUGGAGGAGGGGAAGCUGUUCUUUGCUGCUGGAGGAGGGAAACUCGUCGACCGAUUUCCUUCUCUACAUACUCUUCUCUCUCAAAACUUUUCAAAAGGCUAACCACCAACUUUCUCUUCUUUUGCCUAUAGAACUCGCAAUCAUGGGUAUCUCUCGUGACUCCCGCCACAAGCGCUCCGCCUCUGGUGCCAAGCGCGCCUACUACCGGAAGAAGCGCGCUUUCGAGGCUGGCCGCCAGGGUGCCAACACCAAGAUUGGUGCCAAGCGAAUCCACACCGUCCGCACUCGUGGUGGUAACCACAAGUACCGUGCCCUGCGUCUCGACUCCGGUAACUUCGCCUGGGCCUCCGAGGGCUGCACCCGCAAGACUCGUGUCAUUGCCGUCGCCUACCACCCUUCCAACAACGAGCUGGUCCGCACCAACACCCUGACCCGUAGCGCCAUUGUCCAGAUCGACGCUGCCCCCUUCCGUCAGUGGUACGAGUCCCACUACGGCCAGUCCAUCGGCCGCAGACGCCAGAAGGCCCAGGCCGCCAAGGAGGGCAAGGAGGCUACCGAGGAGGUCAAGAAGAGCAACUCCGUCGAGAAGAAGCAGGCUGCCCGCUACGCCGCCUCCGGCAAGGUCGAGUCCGCUGUUGAGAAGCAGUUCGAGGCCGGUCGUCUGUACGCCGUUGUCACCAGCCGACCCGGUCAGUCCGGCCGCUGUGACGGUUACGUCCUGGAGGGUGAGGAGUUGGCUUUCUACCAGAAGAAGCUGCACAAAUAAACUCGCAACAAAAUGGCGUGAGUCGGAUGGGGUGUUCAAGGUUUUUUCGUUACAUCUUGGGCAUUUUCAGGGC